AUGACAUCAUCUGUAGAAGAGCUUCGUGCUCAAAUUAAGCGAGCUGAAGCUCUGAAGACCAAGUUAAUGGAAGAAAGAAGAAAUGAACUACAACAAAGUCUGAAGACGCUCAAGGAGUACCUAAAACUGUUGGUCGAAGCCGAAAGGGUAUACGAAGCCGACGAGGAUAAGAAGGAAUGGGUGGCUGGCAUCAAGGCUGAUGUCUACUCGAAGUUGUACAAGAGAUUGGACACCCAGAAUGAGCUGGUACAGUGGUUUAGCAGCUCUCGGUAGUAAGUUGUGAUUAUGUAGAGGUUUUUUAAAAUUUUGUUACAAUAUAGAUAAAAUAAUCACUAAAAUAUUACUACAACAAGUUGUUUUACAGUCAUGAAGAACACCCCUAUACAGUAAAAGUAGAUGGAUGUAGUAUAUGCCUGACCUCCACUCCAACCGACCCUAAGAUCUGUAUGUACUGUCUGAGUGUGGUGGGCUGUAAAGAGUGUAUAGAUCAGUGGAACGAACACAAAAAGACCAACGACCAUCUACCAUCUUGUCCCAAAUGUCGCAAUUACUGGGCGAUGGAGCCAGCUGUAAUGGACUACUGA